AUGUCUAGCUGCGAUCUAUUGUUGUGGAGAAACCCUAUCGAGAGUGGUAAAGUGUUGGGGGGUAUCCUUGUGGGCCUCUUGAUCAUCAAGAAAGUUAACCUUAUCACGUUUGUGUUGCGGGUUAUCUACACCGUAAUGCUCACAACAGCUUCGGUGGAAUUCUUGUCCAAGCUAUUCUUGGGCCAAGGUCUUGUGACCAAGUACGCACCAUCAGACUGCGUGGACAUCGUGAGUCUGCUCAAACCAAGAAUCGACGAAUGUUUGAAACAGCUACCUGCGUUGCAAACCAAGGCCAGAAAGCUUGCUCUAGCUAGCUCUCCAAAAUGCACAUUCAAGGCAGCCGGUGUCUUCUAUGUCUUGCACAAGUUCUUCGGUUUCUUCUCCCUCUGGACUAUUUUGUUUGUCGGUACUAUCGGCGCUUUCACCCUUCCAUUUGUUUACCAGACCUAUCAAAAGGAGAUCGAUGCCACCGUGGCUCACGGUGUGGAGGUCGGCAAAGCUCAAGCUUCUGCUCUUCAAUCUACUGUCACCGAAAAGGCGUCUCCAUACGUCAAGCAACUUGAUGAAAAAUUGGGACCAGUCUCCAAGUUUGUCAAGUCCAAAUUGCCUGCCACUAGAACUGCUGGCUCUACUGUCACUCCAGAAUCCACCACUGCCAAACUAGCCGCUGAUGUUCCUCUAGAGGCUCCUGCCACUGCCAAGACCUCUUCCGCCGACUUCCCAACUGCUCCAUCCACCACUCUAGGCCAGAGCAUCAAAGAGGAGGUCUCUGCGGCUUCUGAGUCCUAUGGAGCUCAAGCUAUCAAGGAAUGA